AUGACCAUUUCUAAGCCUGCGACUAUGACUGAAGUCAACGAAGACCCGGUUCCUUUACAUCGCGAACAUCGACCUGUUGAUGUGGACAAAGACAAGCAGGAUGGUGUUUGUGUCGCUGAAGCAAUUACCUCUUCAUGGUCCAAGAAGUCACUGAUUAUCGCAUAUGCAUGCAUGUGGAUGCUUUACUUUGUCCAUGGACUCAACAGCAACUUGACGUCGAAUCUGUCCGCAUACAUUAUAAGUGACUUUUCCAGUCACUCGCUGCUCACCGUGAUCAGCGUUGUCACAAGCGUAAUGAGCGCAGCGUGUCUGAUGCCAAUUGCCAAAGUGCUGAAUCUGUGGGAUCGGACCCUCGGCAUCUUCAUUAUGCUAGUGAUUGCCAUCAUGGGUCUCAUUAUGAUGGCCUGCUGUCACGACAUUGCAACUUAUUGCGCUGCUCAACUGACGGGUUCUUUGAUCAAGGCAUUCUACACGAUCGGAUUCACUGGUGUGAUCUAUUGCGUCGACGUGAUCACCUCGGAUACAUCGUCACUGCGCAAUCGAGGCAUCGCUUUUGCCUUCACUUCCUCUCCCAAUGUCAUCACCGCAUUUGCCGGUGCCCCUUUUGUCGAACCAAACUCAUGA